AUCAUUUAGAUUUGCUACUUAAAAAUAAUAAAUAAAAAAUAGGUACACAUCAAAUCAAAGGUCGUGAAAACCUAGCCAAAGUUCAUUAACAAACCUAAAUAUCCGCAAGGAUCCCACAUACGCACUGUCGGACAACAGCUCUAUUCUAUGGUUAUAAUAUGUUACCGCCAAAGAUGCAUUACCUAAAUGCUACCGAUGACGCAAUUUCACGAAGCCGGGCUGAUGAGCAAACCAAUGCAGCGGCAGCUGUAUUCAAAUCUUGGGAGCUUCCUAUGCUUCCCAAGCACCCGACCAGACAUAAGACGGAGAAGAGUCCAACUGGAAACCGGUUGCCACCCAGCAAGCCAAUUACUCCACAUACCGUUGGCAAACAUUUGAAUUUCAACAGUAGCGAUUGUGGCAGUAGAUUCACUGCAACCAGCAACAUCCUGUCAAGCGAAUACCCACAAAGCAAAGCAAUAGGCGAGAAAUCUAAUUGGAAUAGUCAAGAUGCUGAUUUCAAUGGUUUUCCGGUUGGGCAUGUCUCAAACUUACUCUGGGACUAUUGCAAGGUGGAGGGUAAGGGUUUGGGGCCCAAACAAAAGUUGGCCAGCCUGCCGCUGGAUUCUCAGGAGAAUUUAAUUCUCAACGAUUUAAUCUACUGUUUGAGUGGCAUACGUGGCGAGUAUAUUGAGCCGCAGCCGCGGGAUCUGCAAGCCAAGGGCAUGGACAAGUACAAGACGCACUUCAGCGUAGAUAAGGAGCUGGAUAAAUCGCUGAAGGAAAUAGUGCAUGAAAUCUUGCCGCUGGCCUCACACUUUAUGGGCAUCCAGAGAGCAGUUGCGGCAACGGAGCAAAGUGGGCAGGUCAUCAAUGCGCUCAAUGCAGAACUGAUUCGAAUAAGAAAAGAUUUCUAUGUGCUGUUGGCGCAGGCUGAGGAGCAGCUGUCCGAUAAGGAGCUAACGCUUGCGAAGCUUCACUACUAUCUGCAACCGACCACUUGGCUUAUGGACGACAUCUUCAUCACCGUGUCGGAGAUACAGUUGCAACAUCUUCAAGGUGGUGCCGUUCUUUCGCAUCUCUGCGCUCGCAUCAAGCAGCUAGAGAGUGAUCAGAGCACCCGGAAUGCGUUCAUUGAGCUGGCCAGUAAAGCGGCUGUGCCGUAUAUGAAGAUGCUCAAGCUUUGGAUACAAAAGGGCGUUAUCGUGGACAGUAAGCGUGAGUUUCUCGUCGAAGACAACAAGAACAUACACCUGGCAGAGCUGUCUCCCGACGAAUACUGGGAGAAGCGUUACACACUGCGCUCCAAAUGUAUACCCACAUUCCUUGAGAUGCAAUCGGACAGAAUACUGCGCACUGGCAAGUACAUUCAGGUGAUCCGGCAGUGCGGUAAACAGGUGAUGAACACUAUGGUAUUCAAUUUGGAGUUCGAUCCAACCAACGACCAGCAUGUGCCUGUUAUCAAUGAUGCCUAUUUCUUUGCGGCACACACGCUCUAUGAUGUGCUGAUCAAUGAUCAUGAUCUAAUGGGACAUAUGCAGUCGAUUAAGCGUUAUCUGCUACUUAAUCAGGGUGACUUCAUCAUGCAGUUUAUGGAUGUCUGCGAGGAGGAGCUGUCAAAGAAUAUAGGAAGUGUGCAACCCUUGAAGCUGGAUAAUCUAUUGGGCCUCUCGCUUAGCCUGUCCUCGGCACGCAGUGAUCCCCACAAGAAUAAUCUGCAUUGUGGUUUGCUUCCCUUAGACUAUUUCACUCAAAUGUCACAGCUCAAUAAGCAGGAUCAAGAAGAACCCAGUGGCUUCCAGAGCUUUGUCUUUACCUACGAAGUGAACUGGCCCAUUUCGCUGGUUAUUAAUCGCACCGUUAUGACCCAAUACCAGAUGCUCUUCCGCCAGCUCUUUUAUUGCAAGCAUGUCGAACGCCAACUGUGCAAAAGCUGGAAGGAGUACUCGAUGAAAAUUACACCACAUGAAAGUUGUGUGCUUAUGGUGCGUCAGCGCAUGAUGAACACCAUCCAGGAUCUGGAGUACUACAUGAUGGUUGAGAUCAUUGAGCCCAAUUGGAAGAUCUUCAUUGAGAAGAUGAAGAAGAUACAGAAUCUGGAAAUGCUGCUCUCGCUGCAGUCGGAUUUUCUCUAUCUGUGCCUAAGGGACAAUAUGCUCGCCGAAUCGUCACAUUUCAAUCGUGCCGUUUUUAAGCUAUGUGAGAUCUGUCUCAAAUUCUGCAAAUUCAUUCAGUGCGAAAGCAAGCCGGAUGAGAUGAUUGCGUUUGGGGAACAGGUGAAAUGCUUUGAUGUGGAAUUUACAGAUACGCUUAUAACAUUCCUCAAACAAAUCAAAAAACUGUCCGGAAAUAAUAUCACCGAUCGUUGUAUGAACCUCUUACAUAGAAUCAAUUUCAAUGGGUUCUAUACCGACAAAAUCUUAAAUGAUUAUUAACAUGUAUGCAUAAAUACCACAAUAUGUGCAUACAUAU